AUGCGAACAAAGCAUUUCGUAAACGAUCCGACCGCGCUGGUGGUGUCCGCCCUCAAAUCCUUCCAGCUCAUCAACCCAGCCUUGUCCGUUGACACCGAAAACAAGAUCUUGUAUGCUCCAAGCGAACAUGACCGAAUAUCAAUCGUUUCUGGUGGUGGCGCUGGCCACGAGCCAUCGUUCACGGGCUUCGUUGGGGCAGGCCUUCUCACAGCAGCCGUCUCGGGUACGGUCUUCGCAUCGCCGUCUUCUCGGCAGGUAUUGACUGCCAUUGAGAACGUCAACGCAUCCAAAGGCAUUCUGGUCGUACUCAUGAAUUAUACUGGCGACGUCUUGAACUUCGGCGUGGCUCUAGAGAAAGCGAAGGCAGCCAAUCCAGCGUUAAGGACCGAGAUGCUUGUUGUGGGCGACGAUGUCAGCGUUGUAAGGAGCCGAGCGGGAAGGGUAGGACGACGUGGAAUUGCUGGAACCGUCUUGGUGGCUAAAGUCACUGGCGCCAUGGCUUCUGUCGGUUAUGACCUCGAUACUAUUGUGCGUGUUGGCCGACUUGUUGCCAACAACCUUGGAAGUAUCGGGGCAUGUCUUGACCGGGUGCAUGUCCCGGGUACCUCCAAAGAAGACACCGACAAUCUCGUCGCUUCGGAUGAGGUUGAGCUUGGAAUGGGCAUACACAACGAGUUCGGUUGCGGGCGAAGAAACGCGUCCGAUGCCGAACUCCCUUCCCUUAUUGCGGAGAUGCUUCAGCAGAUUCUCGAUGUAAACGACCCCGAAAGGAACUUUCUCCAAACUCAGACUAGGGAGGUCAUCGUACUAGUGAACAACCUGGGCGCUUUGAGUGUUCUGGAGCUGGGUGCUGUUGUUACAGAAGUUGCGGACCAACUGGAGAGACGGUAUCAGAAGGAUACUAUCAGGAUCUAUUCGGGAACGUUCAUGACCAGCUUGGACGGAGCUGGGUUCUCGAUCAGCUUGCUCAAUGCAGUGGAAACAGGCGUCGAGGAAAGCCUUGCGGAAUUGCUGGAUGCGCCCUGUAACGCAUUUGGCUGGCACGGGAUCGCACGAUCAAGCACUUCGACGCCCCCACAGCUUCAUGAGAGAGCUGAGAUGCCAGUAAUGUACAAGAACGAUCCAAAACUCAAAAGUCGUCUCGAUUGCAAUCUAGACGAGACAGUAAGCUGUCUUCGAGCGGGCUUGGAGAGCGUUGUUGCUUCGGAGUCGGAAAUCACCAGGUACGAUAGCAUUGUUGGGGACGGAGACUGCGGGACUACUCUGAAACGAGGCGCACAAGGCAUUCUGAAUUUACUCGAGACAUUGCCACUUACUGACGUUGUAAGCUUACUAACAAGCAUCACAUCGUCGAUUGAAAGCAACAUGGAUGGCACUUCCGGUGCACUAUACGCCAUAUUCCUCAACAACCUUACCCGUUACUUCAAAUCCCAUGCACACGAACCUACAACCGUCAACUCGGGAUUCUGGAGCGACGCUCUGGACACGGCGCUCGCUGCCCUAGGAAGAUACACCCCAGCAACUGUGGGCGACAGGACGCUCAUGGACGCCCUAAUCCCUUUCACUACAACAUUGCGCACAGCAGGCCUGCAUGAGGCAUCGCUGGCCGCCAGAGAAGGCGCGGAGAAGACGAGGUUCAUGCGGCCCGGUUUGGGAAGGUCUGUGUAUAUCGGCAAUGAAGACAGAUGGUUGGGGAAGAUCCCGGAUCCAGGCGCUUGGGGGCUCAGUAAGCUCUUUGAGGGCCUUGUUCGAGGCUAGGCUUCGAGGAGGACAUCAUUUCGAUGCGUACGUAUAUCUGCUCCUCGUGGUAUCUUGUUGCUCGUAGUGCCUCU